CCUAGGGAGGCCCACCACUUCGCUGGUUGGCUGACUCUCAACAGCCAGCCGCGUAUUUUGACCCCUCACUCUCCCCUCCUCCAUCUGGAAACCACGCUUUAGCACCAUCCGAAAUGGUCACUGCUCACUAACCAGUCCUUCAAAAUACCCACGACAGUUGAGGAAGAGAAUCAAGAUUCAUGGAUCACCCGACGGAAUCUGCCGCGCCCUCAGGCUCUGCUCAACCUCAUGGCGAGAGCACUUCAAAGAAGAAGCCUACUGCCCGCCAAAAAAGGCUAUCCCGCUGGCUAGUCAGCGGUACCGGGAAAGUAUUGGCCAACAUACCAAGCUCGAAGGUCACGCCAUCAGAUGUGGCCGUUACCAGCAGCGGCGGAUACGAUCUCGUAUGUGCCUACAGCUGGGUCAAAGAAAGCAGCCCCGCCGUCUAUGUUCCAGGUGACCCCCCACGGUUCAUCUCGACUCAAGUUCCUUUCAGCAUCCCAAGAGAUUCCAAAGAGCACUUUACCGAUCGGGGCACUUUUCAACUUCCAAAAUACCCAUUCGAGGUCGUAUUUCGAGCAAUGGAGGUCAUGAACCCAGACUACAGAUUCGACAAUGUCGAUGUUCUGAUUGACCGCAACUCGCUACGAAAGCUACUCGACUUCGUCCGCGGGAAUGUCUCUGACAUGUUCAGACUCAACAUAUUCAUUGUCCACAACACAUUGGUUGUUGAAAUGUGGGAAGCGAUGACGAAGAUGAUUUCUCAGGGGUCACAAAAUACAGGAUGGGGUCAUAACUUCGAGAAGGCUAUUACUCGGCCAGGGCCGGGCAUGGAAGAUCAAUCUCAGCACGGUCGCGUCCUUCGAUACGACUUUGGAGGGUUGAGGUGCGCUGUUCGAUUCGAAGUUGAUGCUUCUUACGGAGACUCCGGCGCUGAAGCUCCUGGAGAAGGACAGAGUAGCCCGGGAAAUACGACAAUGGAGGCGAAUGACCUUUCUGAGGCACUCGGCACACUCAAAAUCCAAGAACCUCCGACCGAUCCCAAAGUCAAAGGUCCCAGCCAAAUCCGAGUCAUCUCUCGCGGUUCUGGUAUCCCGCACAUUGCUGCAGCUGAGAUCAAAUCCAUGACAACCUUGAAAUCACCCGCGCAGAUGAUGCCUCAACUUUGGUUCGGCCGAACCCAGAAUCUGAUCCGGGGCGUCCACUCGAAAGGUGUCUUCCACAACAUCCAAAUCAGCAGCGUGGAGGAGGAUCUUCGGCGCUGGGAGGCCGAGGAUCAGAACCAAAUCCCCCUCCGCAAAGUAGCGGCACUCUUAUCUCAGUUGCGAGAUAUCGUCAAGAAGUCGAAACAGGGAGCAUGCGUGGCGGUUUACGAAAAGUCCCAGAACCCGGUGCUGCAGGUUUUUGCUGCGACGCACAGAAAGACAUCGCUACCACAAGACAUAUGCAGGAAGUUUUGGGAGAAGAAAUGAAUGUAUUCUCAAGCCUUGUUAGAGAUGGAAAGGGUAGUUGGG